ACGACCAACAUCAACUGCAUUCAUUUUCUCUGUUCCUGCUUUUUUCUUAGAUAGUUUCUGAGUAAAGCUUUGUGUGUGAGUGAGUAAUGGAAAAGCUGAGUUUGGAUCGUAUGCCACCUGGGGUCGGAUUUGUUCCGAAGGACGAUGUGAUCAUCGAACACUACCUGAAGAAGAAGAUCACAGGGAAUGAUAAAGACAUUGGGUUUAUUCCCGAAAUUGAGUUCUAUAAAGAUGAGCCCUGGGAUUUACCAAAUAAAUCUGGGAUAGAUUCAAGGGACCAAGAGUGGUUCUUCUUCAAUACACUGAUCCCGAAGCAUCAGAAUGGGAGUAAGAAGAACAGGGCAACCAAGAAAGGGUUCUGGAAAACAACUGGUAAAGAUAAGGAAAUCAAGUUCAGAGGGAGUUUGAUUGGAAUGAAAAAGAUUCUAGUCUACCAUAGUGGGCGUGCUCCUAACGGAAAAAGGACCAAGUGGGUGAUGCAUGAAUACCGCACAACCCAAGAAGAGUUUGAUGGAGAACACCCUGGUCAGAAGGCCUUUGUCCUCUGCCGUUUAUUCAAUAAUGAAGAAGAGAGUAACGAAGGUGGAUCUGCGAAGUCUGAUGUUACAGUACCUGUUCAGAGUAACAACUACAACUAUCAUAAUGCAGAUGUUGCAAAAAAUCAAGCGGCAGAACUGACAUCUACUGAGGUGAUAGGAACUUAG